UGGAAAGAAUUGCAGAAGUAUUUAUUAAUUUUAAUUUCUCACGAUUAAAAAGCUAAAAAACGCCUUGCAUCGCCGAAGCUCGGCAGAAUCUCUCCUAGGGUUUUCAUAACCACACAUCCCCUCCGGUGGUUGCACAUCUUCCACCGUUGUCGCUUCACUGAUAGUACAGUAAAAUCUUCAUUGGCAUAAAGAAUUGGCUCCUCCGACAACGUCAUGAAAGUGUAGGUCGGUGUGUUACGGCGGUAGCAUGGGUAGUGUUUCGCAGGAAGGAAAUAUCGGUAAUGUAAACAACAGAGGAGCUGGGGAUUCGAUAGAGGUAUCUCCUGAUUAUGGAUUUGAAGUAGGGGAUAUGGUUUGGGGAAAAGUGAAAUCCCAUCCUUGGUGGCCUGGCCAUGUGUACAGUGAAGAUCUUGCAACCCCUUCAGUCCGCCGAUCAAAGAAGGAUGGUCUAUUGUUGGUUGCGUUUUUCGGUGACAGUAGCUAUGGAUGGUUUGAUUCUUCAGAACUUAUGCCAUUUGAUUCCAAUUUUGCCGAGAAGUCUCUACAGACUAAUUCAAAAACAUUUGUUAAGGCUUUGGAGGAGGCUAUUGAUGAAGUAAGGAGGCGGAGUGCUCUUGGAUUGUCUUGUAUGUGUCGGAAUGAGCAGAAUUUCAGGAAGACCGAUGCACAGGGUUUUGUUGCUGUUGAUGUGGUGGAUUAUGAGCCUGGAGCUGUAUAUUCAAUUAACACAAUUCGGAAAGCCAGGGAAAGUUUCCAGCCAAGAUUAGCUCUUGAUUUUGUAAGGGAGCUGGCUUUAGAACCUACAGAUGAACAUGAUGACAUUGAUUUUAUAAAGAACAAGGCCAUUGUUAUGUCUUACAGAAGGGCAGUUUAUUAUGAUCAGGCAUUUGGUGGUGAUAUUAUUCGCCCAUUACCUGGAUCUAUACAAGUAUCAACCUCUGGAAAAAAGCCAUCUAAAGCUCCAUUGAGUGGGCGACAGGUGUUUAGUGACACUCCAAGCAAGCUUAAAACCCCUUCAAAUGCUAAACCUAAUAAACCUAAGACAGAUAAAUAUCUUUUCAAAAGAAGACAAAAAGUCAAAGAGUCAACCCCUGAAGAUAUCGAAGAUCCAAUACUUGCAACAUUAAAAGUUUCAACCAAUGAAGACACAUCCAAACCCAUUAUUGUUCCAGAAUCAUCCAAUAAUCCUCUUGAUUUUGAAAUCAACAUACCCAUUAUUUCUCUAAUUCACAAGUCUUCAAAUCUCCAAAAAUUUGUCACCCAAAAUGGCUUUCCAAAUUCACACCUCCAUAAAAUUAGUUCCCCAGAGAAGAAGAUAAAGAAAAGAAAAAAAGAAUCUUCAAUGGAGAAAGUUGAAGUCCCGGAGGAACAAAAGAAAAGAAAAAAAGAAUCUUUAAUUCAUGAUCAUGAUCAUGAUGGUCAUAGCCCUGAAAUGGAGCUGCCACGUGUCCUGGCAGAUUUGCAUUCAUUAGCUCUUGAUCCUUUUCAUACUAAUAACAGAAAACUCCGGCAGAUUUUUCUAAAGUUCCGGUCACUUGUAUUCCAAAAAAGCUUAAACUCAGUCACUCAAAACGGAAUUAAAUCCCCGGUGGUCGCCGGAGCUCCACCGGUAAAACCACCACCGCCACCACUUCCACCGCCACCGCCACUGUCGGGUGGCAUCAAGCGGGAUCGCGAUGAAGAAACCGUUGCGAAAAAGAAAAAGAUAAAGAAAAUCGAUGAAGAUGGCGGGCGGCAGACGGCAGGCGUAAAACCGAGGAAAUCCGGGCAGGAGGUCGGGCAGCGGGCAGGGGCAGAGGAAGAGGAACGGACUACUUUAAAGAUGGAGUUUCCAUCGGGAGAAUCAUUGCCGUCUAUUAGUGAGCUGAAGGCGAAGUUGGGGCGUUAUGGAACGAUGGAUCAUGAUGGGACCCGCAUAUAUUGGAAGACUUUCACGUGUCUUGUGGUUUACAAAUACAAGGCGGAUGCUCUGGCGGCAUUGAAGGCGGUCACCGCCACUGGAAGUUCAAGUUGCAGUCUGUUUGGGAGCACCAAUGUAAAGUAUAGUCUCAAGGAGAUUUCCAAUUCCGAACCGUCUGCCAAAGUCUCCGACCGCCAGCCGCCAGCGGAGGACACGACGGCUGUGGUGGUGGCGGUGGAUACGCCAGUGAAAUCGUGUUUGAAGAAAUCCGGUGGUGGUGAAGAUGGCGGCAGAAAGAUUUCUCGUGUAAAAUUCAAUUUGGCCAGAGACGAAAGAGUGUCGGUGGCACCACCACUAGUUCCAUUGCAGCCGCUGCCUUUAGCAUCACCGCCGCCACCACGGAGGUCUAUGAACUACAUCAAACCAUCGGCACCACCAUCAUUGCCGCCACAGUCGAUGUUGGUGGCACCACCACCAUCGCGUCCACUGCUAGUUCCAUUGCAGCCGCCACCUUUAGCAUCUCCGCCACCACAACGGAGGUCUAUGAACUACAGCAAACCAUCGGCACCACCAUCAUUGCCGCCACAGUCGAUGCUGGUGGCACCACCGCCAUCGCCGCCACCUUUAGUUCCAUUGCACCCGCCACCUUUAGCAUCUCCGCCACCACAACGGAGGUCUAUGAACUACAACAAACCAUUGGCACCACCAUCAUUGCCGCCACAGUCGAUGCUGGUGGCACCGCCACCGCCACGACCGCUAGCUCAAGCGCCACGGUUAAACAGACCUGCCGCCAUGCCACCAGCACCGCCGCGGCCAAAUGUUGAUAUUGCACAGCAAAUGGUGAGCCUUUUGACAAGAUGUAAUGAUGUGGUGGCACAUGUUACGGGUAUUUUAGGAUAUGUGCCUUACCAUCCUUUGUAAAAUAAGCAUGUGUUUGUUCUUUGUUGUUAAAAAAUGGUUUUGUCAUGAAAAUUAAAUAGCCAUGUGUAAUGUAAAACAAGUGGUGAAAUGAUUUGAGGCUAACUGUAGUUGAGAAGGGAAUAUAUGCCAAAACAAAAGUAUAGAGAUGGAUUUUUUUAA